AUGGCUUCUCCCAACAAUCAACAAACGAGGCUCGCAAGAGUCAAGAAUUUCUUCUUGGCUCCAUUCUUGUCCUGUUGCGGUGCGCGCAAGAAACCUGCACCGCCCAUCGAAAUUCAUGCGCCAAAAGAUUUCCGCCGGAUGGAAAUCAGAUUUGACGGGUUGACUCCUGAGCAAGAAGCCUUCCUCCGCGAGAAAGCAUUCCUAGACACCCUCCCACCCACACCCCCUCUCCCAAUCCUCUCGCCGCUGGCCCCAGGCUCCGCAACGCCCCCCACGCCCACCACCACAACCACCAACCCUUUCUUCACCCACAGCAACGUGUCCUGCUACUUCAGCCACCAACCUUAUACCCACGACCGUCAAUACCCUUCCUUCGACCCGACCACCACCACCAUUACCAACAACAACAACAUCAAUAAUAAUACCUACACCUCCUGCUCCGCACCCCACCUCUCCACCACCACAACCCUCAACUCCACCCUCAGCCGAGUCGCCGCCCACCACCAAUACCAACCCUACUCCGUCCCGCACUUCCCCACCGCCGCCGCGACGAACAACAACACCAGCCCCUCGAAGCGCCAGUCCCGCCGCUUCAGCGCCAUCAACCUGCUGCGCGGCAGCUGGAACAACUCGCACCCGGUGUCGCCCGAGGAGGCGAUGAUGACGGAAUGCGGCGGCGGUCACCAUAGUUUCACAUUGCAGCAGCAGCAACAACAACAACAACAUCGGCGGGCGAGGAAGCUGCGGCGGCUGUCGGGCGCGGGUGCGGGUGCGACGGCGUCGUCGGAGGCGGAGAUGGAGGAGAGGAGGAGGGGGAAGUGGGGGUUCGUGGGGCAGGGGUUGGAGUGGGAGAAGGGGGGUGGGGUGCUGCAGCAUGGUGGCGGUGGUGGGCAAGGGGGGGUUGAGAUGCAGGCUGUUGGCUGCGGCGGCGGUGGUGGAGGCGAAACGAAGAGCACUAAGAGCUGGAAGAGUAUGGGGAGGGAUUCGGAGACUACUCUUGGUGGUGGUUCCGGGUGCGGGUGUGGGAAUGGAGAAUGA